AUGGUGUGGUGUAUGUCCACCCCCACCCCCAUAGGGUUCGACCCCCGGCAGCACAUCGCCAACUUCAUCCAUCACGUGCCACAACCUCAGUCCCAGUCGACGGUCAAUGAUAUGCUGCACACCAGUAGUCAAUCGAAAGCACACUCGCAGUCAUCACAACAGUCACAGCACUCACAGCACAGCAACUCUAAGAUUAAACAACAGCGCUCUCAACAGACACUGAACCCGCAGACACAGCCGGGACCACACCUCCUCACCACAGCCAUCGCCUUCCCCGGCAACCCAUUGCAGCACAACUCGCAACAGCAGCAGCACCUGCAGCCCCAACAGCAACAACAACACGCUAUCCUCAUACCGGCCACCGCUUCGGCCGCCUCUCAGGUGCGCAAUGUUAGCUCCGUGUCCUUCAGCAACAACACGACGGCCACUGUCUGGCCCUGUCCUGCCUGUAAGAUACCCUACAAGAGUGCCAGUGAACUACAGGCCCAUCUCAGUAAUCACACCAAACAAGAGAAGAGCGUUCCCUGCAAUCAAUGCGGAAAGUUGUUCGCCAGCGCCGAGAGGGUACGCAUCCACGUGCGGGUCGCUCACGGAGAGAAGUCCUGCUCCUGCGAGAUAUGUGGCUCCGGGUUCUCUUACCGAUGCAAACUUCUGGAUCACAUGCGCACACAUACCGGUCAGUACUCCGAUGGAGACAAGCCAUUCCAUUGUGAUGUCUGCGGCAGAUCUUUCUCACAGAAGAAUCACUUGCGAAGGCAUCAAAUGAUUCAUACGGGAGAGCGUCCGUAUCCGUGCGAAUACUGCGGCCGAGGCUUCUACCGGAAGGACAAACUCAGUCGUCACCGACGGAUUCACACGAAUCCGAGCACAGGUAGUGGUGGUCGGGGCAGCCGUAACGUGAAUGCCAACAACGUGGCCAAUGCGGCCAAUUUGGCGCAACAACACAUCGCCACCACAAUCCAUACAUCUCAAGGACCGGCAACUAUACAACUAAUCCCCGUUCAGGUGGCGGCGCCUCAGUUCAGGGGAACACAACUGACCGCUCAAUGGGCGGCCCAACAGCAGCAGAACAACUCAAACAAUACCAAUAAUAGCAACAAUAGUGCGGCCAAUAAUAGCAGUUCGCCAUCGACUCCCACCCCAACGACAACGACCUCAUAAGUGACAACUAAAGACAUUUCGUGCCAUCUCUUUAUCUCUCAUAGCAUUCCUGUCCUUCACUUACUCUCAAGAGUUUGUUUAAUAGCUUUUGAAGUAAACGUUUUUCUCUCAUCGGAU